UUGUGUGUUCAAUUCCUGUUUUAUUGCCUUUCAAGAACCACACGCUCUGCGCCUGGAGCGUUUGCUUCUUGUCAGCAUGGUGACUGCGGUGCAUAUUUUGCUGUGGGCCUGGAUGCUUACAGACUCAUGGGUGUGUUCGGACUCUCUUCCAAAGGAAACCACAGAGAAGUUUAUUACUGGAUGUGUGGAGGAACACAACAAGGCGCGGUCAUCCGUCAUUCCACCUGCGCUUGACAUGCUGUUCAUGACAUGGGACGAGGGUCUUGCCAUCACUGCAGCAGCGUGGGCGAGGAACUGUUUGUUUGAACACAACACACACCUCGAAGAAGUCCGCCGUGUGCAUCCCACCUUCUCCUCAGUGGGAGAAAACAUCUGGGUCGGCUACCCACCGUCACAUUUCAACGUGGUGAGAGCGAUCCAAAGUUGGGUGAAUGAAAAACAAGUCUACAACUACGACCAAAACACUUGCUCAGGUGUCUGUGGCCACUACACACAGGUUGUCUGGGCGAGCAGCUACAAGGUCGGCUGUGCCGUGCAGCUGUGCCCAGGCGGUGUCAAAAAAACAAGCUUCUCUUCUAAAGAGGGGGCUAUCUUUGUGUGCAACUAUGCUACAGCGGGUAAUGUAAGAGGAAGACAACCCUAUAAGAGAGGGUCCGGCUGCUUGGGGUGUGAAGGCACCUGCGUGGACAAUCUCUGCCGUAGCCCUGAUCGAGACUCACAGAAAAGUUACACAUGGAGCCCAGACUGGGACCCGGCGAACAGUGACUAUGUGCCCGUUAUAGUCCGGCCCCUUGCACUCGUCUUCACCUUCAUCGUGGCAUUGGCUGUGCACUACUUCUAUCCCAAUGUCUUCUGCUAUGAGUGAACCACUGUGCUGUUCCCGGUCUCCUUUAGCCGGAGCUCAGAUGAAGAGGCAGCUAACUUACGCUAAUCUCCACAGUUUUUAGGAGAUAUAAUUGCUGUUCAUUUGACCUGCUUACCUCUUUAAAAGGGACGCUGCUUGCCACAUAUUUCAGCCGUCAGACAGGAGUCGGAAAAGAGCAUGUUUGGAAUGAAAUCUACAUUAAACACGGAGUUAUCAACUGUCCAGCUGCUAAGACAAUACUGAACAUCGGUAAACACAAAACAGACUUCAAAAUAAAAGCCAAUGAACUGCUCUUUGUCUGGAGGAAUAGAUAAAAAGGCAUCUCAAAUGUGUUACAGGGAAUCAGCGCUCGGGGUUGUGUUCCCAGCAUCACGACACUGUCCUUAAUAAUCGUAGGUCAUUAUGAUGGAGUGAAUUCUGGUCUCAGGGCUAAAAAGGUGCUUUGUGAAGUCACUUCAACUAAUAAUGUGUGGAUGUUUGUGCCAAAUGUGAAGGAAUCAACAUUAAAGUCCCGGCACUGAAACAUCGUACAAAGCUUAGAAUGGAUCCUUUCUUGAUGUUUCAGACGGUGAAGCUGCA